UUUAGUCUACGCCGAACCGCCUAGCGGGAAGUGACUGCCCGUAUGGGUAAUUAAUACUUAACACAAGCUUAAAGUGUUUUCUCCAUUGUUUUUAUUAUUGGAUCUAAGCAAAACGGUUUAGUCGCUUCUAGCUUAGAGCUCAAAAUGCUGUGUUUGUACAGUAUUCUAGUAGCAGUGUUGCUCGCUCAGCAUGUGCGUGGGCAAGAGCUGCCGAUAGACGAGGAAGGUAGUGGCUAUGAGCCGCCGAAGAAUGCAACUCCUUCUCUGGUGGAUGAUUACGUCAAUUGUCCCCCAAUUGAUGGGGAGAAUCCGGAACGGUCGAUGAUGGGUGAAGUAGAUUCCGAUUACAGUUACGAUUAUUAUGAUACAGGGAAAUCCGAUGAUUCCGAUUCAGAGGAAAAUGUGACAGUGGAUGCUAAGUUGGCGAUUCCGGGGAACACCGUAGCUGACGAUGAUGAUAACGCAAGCGGAGAUGGCGAGCUGGUUUCCGGAACGUUUAAGUUGAUAAAAUCGCCAAAUAUUUACAGCUUACCGGAGUCCGAACCAGCGGAGGCUAGAUUUGCUGCGUUUGUUGAAGAGCAUCCUGAAGAGAUUGUGUUGACUUCCCAGAACUAUCCACAACCGUAUCCGAAUGCUGUGAACAGUUUUGAAAAUUUCACAGUUACUGGAGGCAUCGGUGUACAGAUAACGAUCCAUAGUCUGGAUCUGGAUCACGAAACCGAUUUCCUGUACAUUCGCGGUGGUUCGACUAACGACGAGGACGAAAAAGGACCCGUCCUGACGGGUACUAUUAAGGAACCAAUCCAGUUUCUUAUAGCUCACACUACGACGUUUACUGUGCACUUCGUCUCGCAGCAUAGCGAGACGGAGGAGCAGACACACACAGGCUUCCGUUUAACCUACGCACCAUUCGGAACUGUAGUCUCGCCAACGACUCCAUCGACUACGGAAAUGAUUGUUCCACGGGAUGAACUGCAAUGGCAUCGUAAGGAGAUUUCAAUCAGCCGAACGAUGAUGGCGUCCGUGGAAACGUGGCCGCUAAUCAAGAAUGCUUUAGUGAAUGCUACCAAUGCUUUUAUCGAGCAGCGACAGCUCAAAUAUAAACCUUGUCGUUUUGAAGACAUUCGUCUUCUGGCCCAAAAGUGUCCGGACAACUGGCCAAAUUAUGAGGAGUGUGUUAGCUUGGAAUUCGCCAUUCCUUUGCGUCCAAUCGUUGCAACAAUCGAUGAAGAAUCCGAAGGCUUUGGACUGGAUGGUAGAAGUAAAAUAGCUGGGAAAGGUUUUAUCCCGUUAACAACCACCGAGGAACCGGUUGCGGAGUAUCAACUGACGAUUGAAAACCUAGAGCAAAUGUGGGUCGACUUUGGUGCGAUGGAACUGGCCGAGGUGGGAGUUGAAGUGUAUCAAAUACCGGAAAAUGCCUCGGUACUUCUAAUCUGGAUCGCUAUCAGUCUGUGCGUGCUGGCGGCGUUUAUUUUUGUACUGUACAGCAUUUGGAAGAUUGAUUUCUUCAAAGAUUACAGAAGAAUUUCCGGCUUGAGCCGUGAAACCCAGGAUGAGGAUCGCAACGAGCUGAAGAAAAAGGAGUUUGACAUCUCGAUGUUUCCGUCGCCUCACCAGAUUGUGCCAAGUCUCUUCCCUACCGGUGAUCCGUACAGUGAACCAAAUCCUCAGUAUGCUUACGAUAAUUCCACCAUGAACCCCUGGCCAGAAGACACUCACGACGAUAGCUUCAACGCGUUCGAUAAAAAUCCUGCUCCGGUAAAGAGAAUCCAACAGCCACAAGCAUUCGAGCCGCUUUCCUCGUUUGAGUGUUCACCGGGUGUUGUAGAUUUUAACGAAAUGUCCGAGUCACGUUCUCCCCGAAGAAGUCGAACCAAUCCCUUCCUGCCGUCGAAUAAUCAACUCAACGCGAGGCCGUAGCCAACAAUUCGGGAGCAAUAUGUUAAAACCUACAAUUUCUGACUUUAAUUUAGUACCUCUGUUUCGUAUUUUUUUUUUUUGCUUAAUAUAUAACAUAUUUAAUAUUUCUUUUAAAACCACGUGCAUAA